AUGACUAUUCCUGAUGUUACACUUGGCAAACAGAUUAACUAUGGGAACAAGUAUCGUUUCACACUCUUCAAUGAAAGUAUCUUCCAACUUAUCUUUUAUCAUGACGUCCGAACAGAAGAAAAAUACUUUACGCCGAGUAACGUCCGCCACUACAUUGGACGAUACAUGUAUAGCAUAUUAUCAGAUCUUGAAACCGAGCCCAUCUACAAAGCAAAUGAUAAGUACGAAUUUAUCAUUCAAUAUCCAGAAUUAGAUGGUCCCAACUACAAUUGGUGGCGUCAGAGCCUAUCACCAACUAUUCAAACUGAAAAUUUAACCAUGAAUAGUACUAGCGAUCAUUAUGUCUUUGGAUAUGAAAAUAUUAGUAUUAAUUACGAUACACAUGACUGGGGUGGAUUGAGUUUAUGCAGUUAUACCAUAAAAGCAUAUAUCGAUGGUCAAAUUAACACAAAUCAUUGGAAUUUCGCGAUUGGUGCUUAUGGAGCUGAAAAAGGUAUACCUGGACCUCUAGCAAAUUAUUCAAAUUUUGUUGUGCUUUAUGCAAAAAUUAAUAAUCUUGACAUGAUCAAAUGUAUAACGUGUAAAUUAUCUAGAAAUAUAUUCUUAAAUCCUACUUUGUUUGUAUAUGUUUUUAUUCUUAUGUAA